AUGCUUCAAUGCUCACUUCACACAAAAGAGAUCAAUUACAGAAGAAAAAUAAAGUAACAUGCAUACAGCGAGAGUAAUCUGCCUUGCCUAGAAUACUGUAAAGACAUUAAGUCAACCCAACCACCUUUCUCAUAAAUUGCAAUAGCUACACAUUUGUGUAAAACACGGUUUGAGUUUUUGAGCUGCAUCUAAAGAACGUAAUAAGGCUAUUAUUUAUUCCUAUAUGAACCUACCUCCAUCACAAGAUUUUAAAUCUUAGUUUGCGUACAUUUUGAUUUUAGCACAAGGCUGUACUAUCUUCACAGCAAAGGGGCACAUAAACUUAGUAUGAUCAAUAUAUGGGUUAUUGGGAUGCACAGGAAUUAAGACAGGACCAAGGCAGCUCCCAAUGCAAACAACCCUCAUUAUAAGGUAUCAUAAGCAGCAUAAUGAGUAAAGUAUCAUAAAUAAAUGCUUCGCUUUCCAUUAUAAUGCAAUCAUAAUCUUGGAAUCUAUUUAUCAGUAUUUAUAAACUAACUGUUAAGUGUGCAACAAAAAGUGAACAUGCGAAUCUGGCAAGUUUUAUGCAAUUAAUACUUUUUUUGCCGGCUAAAUCCUUACCAUGCACCUUGCCUAAAGGGUUUCCUUUCCUCGGCUUGAGGUACCGGGCUUCAUCUUUCCUAAACAAAAUCCUUCAACUAGUCCUACUCUGCUUAUAAGUAGUAGGCGUACCUCAUGCAUUCGAUAAAUUAGCGAUACUGUAUAUAAUACAAGAAGAGGAAUGGCUUCUCCAGCUGAAUUCCUGCCUCACAGCCGUCUAGAAGAGCGAAUGGCAAAAGCCUCGCCAAAACAAACUUAGCAAGAGCAGCUAAACCUAUCACCAGGCUAGUCCUCUUCUAUAGCCACCUUCAGCGCAAAGGCUGCUGGGGAAAAAUACCCGGCAGAGUAGGCCGCACGCUAAUUGACUGCUAGGCCGCGGGCUCCGCAUCGCCAUGGAUGCGGUGCUGGCCGACGCGCUGCUCUCCCAGUCUCCCGAUUGGGGUGCGUGGCUGCGGGCGGUGUGCGGCGAAGAGGGUGCGCUCACCCUCGAGCGAGCGGAGGCGCUGCGUUUCCUUUUGGAACGGGCGAUACGUGUCGGGCCGCGCAACCGGGGCGAAGAGGCGCAACGGGCGGCCCGGGAGCUGGCGCUGCACCGCUGUCUCCCGGCGCUUCUCAGCGGGAGCGGCGUGCCGGCGGCUGAAAGGCCGGAGGGGUGGCGGCGGUUCGUGACAGCCGCCGGUGGAGCGCUGCGUUCCUGCAUUUUGGUCUGCGGACCCCGCCUGGCUGAGCGGUUGGCCGGCGAAGUGGUGGAAACCUGCGCCGGGAUUCAGGCUUGGCAAAUGGAGGGCAGCGUCGAGGUCCUGUGCGCGGCGGCGCCGUGGCUGGAGGAUCCCGCACUGCUCAGGCGAACUGUGGCGGCCGCCCUGAAGCUGCUGCGUGGGGAGGGAGAAGACGAGCAGGAGGAAGAGAAAGCGUUGCUGGUGGGCGGCAGGCUGUUGCCGGCGUUAGGAAGAAACGGCGCCGCCCUGAGUCUCAUCUGGGAAGGCCUGGUGCUGUCGCCCCUCGCCGACACUCCGCGGGUGAACCGGACUCUGCUGGUCCUGAGCGCCCUCUCCGACGUCCUGUUUCCCCGACUGGACGGUGUCACGGAUGGCGAGGCAGCUUCCUUGCUGGAUGCGAGGCUUUCUUACAAGUUUUGGGAAGUGGUGCAAAAGGGACUGUCCGAGAGCGAUGCUCUGUGCCGGAAAAGAGCCCGGUAUUUGUUGAAGAAAGCCGUCGAUGUAUCUGAUAAAGUGGCCUUGGAGUGCAGGUGUAGCCUGGAGGAUGGCAACGGUUCGUAUUUGUUUUGGUGGUGUGCUGAAAAAAAAGAUCAAUUUACUCAGUUUUGGGAAAAUUAUGUUUUAAUAAUGGAGACUUUGGAAGGAAAUCAGAUACAUGUAAUAAAGCCAGUUUUACCAAAGCUGAAUAGCUUGUAUGAACUUGCAAUAUCAGAAGAAAAAGAUUGUUGGAUGUUCCAUCCUUCAUGGCAUAUGUGCAUUUACAAAAGAAUGUUUGAGAGUGAAAAUAAGACAUUGGCAAAGGAAAGUGUCAUUCACUUUCUUGAAAUCUGGCAAAGAAAAUGUCUUCCCUCACCACAAGGAUUUUCAGAGUUCAUUAUUGGCCCUUUAAUGGAUGCUCUUUCAGAAAGUUCUCUUUAUAGCAGGCUAUCAGGACAGAUUAUGGGUACUUGUCCUCCAUUAGGAAUAAUUCUGCAGAAAUUCAUGGCGACUUUCUUCACGAGCCUUUCAGGAAGUGAAAAAAGGAGCUUUUUGUUAAAAUUUAUUCAGAAGAUGAGCAAUAGGCACUGGUGUGCUAUUCCUGUUUUGUUUCUCUCCAUGGCAUUGGCACAUAUACCACAGUGUAGAGCACUGGCUAGCAAAGGGCUCCUUGCAUUAAGAAAUGUUCUGCAGUGUACUAUGAUCACACAUCAGAUUCUUCUACGAGGAGCUGCUCAGUGCUUUCUUCUUAAAGCAGCUAUACACUUAAUAGAUACAGAAAAGGUAUCACUGUCAGAUAUUUCAAACUUCAUUACAUAUCUGAAACCGGAGGAGUCACUAGGGAGAAAAACUGCUUUGUGGACAAUGCUUUGUGAUUGGUUGCACGUAAAUGACAAGUACUUUCAAAAGACUUUAAACUGUGAAGUCCCACAAGAUAAAACAGCCUUAAGUGUUUAUGUGCAGCUUCUUGUGGAGGACUACCUUAAAACACCUCUUGCCAAUUCCGAUUGCCUUCCAGACUGGUUCGAUGCUAAACGGGUGGCUACAAUGAUCCUUCUAGCUGCAGAUGUAGAAGAGAUAAGGCACACAUAUAAUGACAAUAGCAGCACUGAACGGAUUGGUCUAAAGGCGCUCUUAAAUCCUCUGCUGGAUGUGUUGCUGAAACUUGGCACUAAUCCCUACAUCUCAUCACUAAAAAUUGAUAAAAGCCUACAACUGCUAUUGAAGAUAAUGCAGACUUGUUCAAUCAAAACUUCUAAACCAGAAGUUGAUGAAACAGUAGUAUUUCUCCAGAAGUCAAUUAUGCUCGCCACUGAAAGUAUUUUGGAUUUUCUCCUCAGAAGACUUACUGCAAAUGAACUAAAUGUUAUGACACAACUGGAACAUUGUAAUUUAUAUCUGCAAGUCUUGUCAGAACUAAUAAAUUUCUAUUCAGCCAGUGGAUGGAGAAAAGGACCCUUUCUCUGCACUUUUGUCUCAUCUUUAAUAAAUGCUUCUCUCUACAAUCUGCAGGAGAUACGUGAUGGCGAGGACAUAAAACUUGAAGAACAGAUUCAGAAAGUAGUGAGUUUGGCAGCCUUAAAGGUUGUUUGUGAAAUUAUGGAUCAGAAUCCAGACCUUCAACUUCAAUUUCUACCAGCUGUUAACUCCCUUAAAACAGCAAUUUUCAGCACCCAACUUAACCAUGUAUUAAAGAAGCCAAACAGCAUGGAACAACAAAGUUCAGUUGAAGAAGCAGCAUCUCAUGAAGGAUGGGGGAAAAUUGUAGCACGUUACAUACAUGAUCAGUGGGUCUGUCUUCAUUUUGUUCUCAACAAUUAUCAAAAUCUGUCCAAGGACAAACAUUUAGAACAACAUUUUUAUGAUGUUCAGGACUACAAAAGAAUGUUACAGUCUGCACUAGAAGCAAUAACAAUUCUUCCUUCUGACCAUGUUUUACCAGUUUUUCACUGCAUGAAAAUAUUUGUUUCCAAGCUUAUGGAAUCUUCUGAAUCUCUAUGCAUAGAAGCUUUUGAAAUGUCAUGGAAAAUAAUAUUUUCUCUUAGCAACACACAACUGAUAUUUUGGCCUAAUUUAAAAGCUUUUAUUCAACUUGUGUUUGAUCCUGAAAUUCUUGUUACCGCAGCCAGGUUCAAGAGUGAAACAUACUUAAAGAUAAAAGAGAUUAUGUUUCAAAUGAUUGAACUUUCAUCUACAAAGACUGGAAUCUUUAAUGUUCUAGUAAGCCACUGCUGUCAGUCUUGGCUGUUUCCUCCUUCUGGUGAAAUAACUACUGUGGAAAAUGCCUUUUCAAAUGCUGGCAACUACAUUGAACUCCUUAUUGAGGCUUGUUUGUUUGGAACUAUUUUCAGGCGUGAUCAAAGACUCGUUCAGGAGGUAUACACUUUUGUUGAAAAUCUUGGAGAUCAAUGUGCAGCAAAUGUUGUUACGGAAAGUAAGAACAGAGAUGACCAUUAUGUGCGAGUUUGUGCUAUCAAAUUUAUCUGUUUGCUGGAUGAAUCAAACAAGCAGCACAAGAAAUUUAUAGGAGAUUUUGUCAUGAAACUACUUGAUAAAGGUGAAUUAAUGUCCAAAUCAAAAGUCCGCUAUUAUGUGAACUCCUUACAACAUAGAAUUGAAAAUCGACUGUGGCAGACGUUGCUAGUUCUGUUUCCAAAACUUGAUGAGGAUCUUUUAUCAAGAAUCGUUGACAGGAUUCUUCAAGCUGGACAUAAUAAUAAUCAAGCAUCAGUAAAGUAUUUAAUAGAGUGGAAUAUCAUUCUGAUUUUACACAAGUUUCCCCAUUAUCUUCAAAAGUUCUGGAAUUGCUUUAAUUAUGAUGAAGAUCAGUUUAAAACUAGCAUUUGCACAUUUUUAGCAGUCCUGUCACAUUUUGACAUAAUUCUCCAGAAUACCUCUGACAAAAUAUCAACCUUGAAGAAAGCGUUAAUUGUUGUCCUACAGUGGUGCUUCCAUCACAACUUUAGUAUUCGGCUUUAUGCUUUAAUUGCACUUAAAAAAAUUUGGGGAAUGUGCAAAGCAUCGUAUGUGAAUGAUUUCGACACUUUAACUUCAAUUAUUGAAGGUAGUCUAAAUCAAGUGGAACUCAUGCAUGGCACAGGGAAUGCUAAGAAGAAUUGGCAGCGCAUUCAGAAACAUUUUUUCUUUGAACAUUUUCAUCCACUUAAGGAUUAUUGCCUUGAGACAAUAUUUUACACGCUGCCACGCCUUUCAGAAACUCCUGAAGAGGAAUGGAUCUCUCUCUCUAAAUUUACGGCAUUCAGAGACAUUCCAUUGAGUUCAACAUUUCCAUCCUGCCAUUCUCAAACUACACUUCUUGAUCUUAAGCCAAAUGACUGGACUCAGCAAGAUAUCGGAAUAAAUUUAGCUGAGCCCAAUAACGAAAGGCGGUGGGUGAAUGUUCAAAAAAAAAUUAUCCCUUGCAAAGCCAGUGCUCCUGAUUUGGAUCUGGAGCUUAUGUUUCAAGAUCGUGCCACUAAACUUGGAAAAUCAAACAGGAAAUUGAUUGUAGUUGCUUCGCUCAUUGAUAAACCCACCAAUUUAGGAGGCUUGUGUCGAACGUGUGAAAUCUUCGGUGUUUCUGCUUUAACCGUUAGCAACCUCCAUUAUAUAAAUGACAAGCAAUUCCAGCAUCUCAGUGUGUCUGCUGAACAAUGGCUUUCUGUUAUUGAAGUAAAGCCAUUUCAGCUUAUUGAAUAUUUGGAACAGAAGAAAGCUGAAGGCUAUUUUAUAAUAGGGGUGGAGCAAACAGCCAAAAGUUGCAAUUUAAUGGAAUACUGCUUUCCAGAGAAAUCCCUGCUGUUGUUGGGAAAUGAACACGAGGGAAUCCCGGCAAAUGUAAUUCAACACCUGGACACUUGUGUAGAAAUUCCUCAGCAAGGAGUUAUCCGUUCACUUAAUGUCCAUGUAAGUGGUGCUCUGCUCAUUUGGGAAUAUACAAGACAGCAAAUGGCCAAGGAAAAAGAACAAAGACAAAAUGUUUAAUUUUUGUUGAAGCUGAUAAUUUGACGGUGCUAUAAAUUCCCCGAAAUGACCAUAGCUAUGAUUUAAUUAUGUCUUAGAUUUUGUAUAUCCUCAUUUUAAACAAAAUGUCAAUUUUUAAAAUGACAGUAUUAAAAUUGUUUUUAAUGCAGUUUUUGGUGCUAGUGAAUUCUGUAUGUUGCUGUAAAAACCACUUCUUGAUAGUUCUGAAAGUGGUAGUAAAUAAUUACUCAUUUGCAGCACAAUGGCUGCUUUUGCUAUGCGUAAUUUCCGCAACUCCACAAAAAAAAAUUAAUAGAGUACAAUGCUGUCGCUGGACUAUAUAACUAUAAAUUUACUCCAUUAACUUUUUUCAUUAUGGAGAAAAUCUCAUGUGGUUGCUAAUGAAUCGAAAAUGGACAUUAUCAAGAUGCUCCACACAGCAAUAUAGCAACUCACCAUUUGACGAUUCUAGUGUCUUUCUCUUUGCACUUGACCAUGCAGUUUUCUGGCACUGGUUUUGGGGAUAUUUUUUAAACAUACACUCGAGUAUAUUUUUGGUGUUUUCCAAAUCCAGCAUUAACUCAAACAGUUUCAGUUUCUAAAGACUAUAUAUGUCUACAAAUUGUAAUUUUAAUUCAACAUAGUAAAGUGAUCCCUCAUACACCUGAAUCAACCAAAAUGAAAUAUUUAAGGGUGUUACUGUUGACAAUUAUAAAGAUUCUUCUUCAAGAUGGAAUUUAUACAAAAGACCACUGAAAUAGACUAGACAUUACUUUACCAGUACAUUGGGGAAAACUUUUGGAAGAGAGUAUUUGCAGUGAAAACAUGAUACAAGUAUUUGAAUUUAUACAAUUCAUUUAUUUUGAUUUUAUUGAUGGUGUAGUCUUUUAGUAGUGAAAGGUAAGCAUAUUUUCCUAAGUGCCUAUUCUCUCCAAUAAGCAUUUCAAAUAACGGAACCUGGAGCUUUCAGGCCA